AUGCCUUCUCGACGCUCCCACACCAACUCUCACCACGGCUGCUUGCAGUGCAAGGCCAAGAAAGUCAAGUGCGACCAGCUCCAACCGCAAUGCUCUCGUUGCUUGAAGAAGGGCACGGAAUGUGUUUAUCGCCACAUCAUGACAUCCUACAACCCAUUCCCCCCAACCCCGGCUCAGAGCUCGUCUGGGUCCUCACUGCAGACCCAAAGGCACAUCGACUUUGUCUCUGCCUCGACUGGCACCAUGUCCUCCACCUCGGCGCCUACAUCUGCGUAUGCUACAUAUGGAACACGGCCUUCGCCCAGCCAUUCGGCACCAGGGGGCAGCUCUGCCCGGUCACCGGCCAGCAUCACCAGUGUUUCCACCAAUUCGAGUGCACACACGGUGGCGACUGCUCCCUUGCCAAUAACCUCUCCGCCUUUGACGCAUCAAAUGAGCUCCCAGGGCCAGACUGAGCAGUUCCUCAUGUUCCACUAUAACACCAACCUGGCAAUCCCUGGCAUGGCUCCCAUUAUCAACCCAGACGAUUUCCAGUCCAUCAAUUCGUCCAUUCUCUACUACGCCAACACUCACCCCUACGUUCGCCAUGCCCUGCUCUCGUUCUCUGCCCUUCAUCUCGCGUCUAUCCAUGCGGUUUCCGUGCCCGCGCAUGGAUAUUAUCUCGAGUCGGCCUUGCACCAUAAGGCGGUGGCCCUCGAGCUCUACCGGCCGGAGCUCAAUUCGGGGGUGACCCCCGAAUCCGGCAACCCACUGCUUACAGCAUGCACAAUCUUCAUCGCCUGUGCUUUUACUCUGCCGGCAGCGGACCCGGACUAUAGGACCGGGUAUGACCGCAUUGAGCUGCUGGCCCAGGUCUCCGGUCUCUACCAGGGCGCCACUGCGCUCUUCCGCAUGGGCAUCUACGGACCCUAUCCCCAGCAGCACGAAAUGGCCGCUGCAAAUGUAACUCUCGACUUCCCCUGGCAAGAGCUCGAGGCCUCGCUGCAGGUUACUCUCCGCACUGCCGAAUCCAUCCGGCCAAGGUCCGAACAGGAGGACAGCCGCAAGGCUGUGCUGGUCCAUGCAGGGCAGAAGCUCCUCAAGUCGCUGCAUCUCGCAUUCGGCCCAAAGAGGAACUACCACGCCUUCUGCAUCUGGCUGGGAGUGGUCAAGCCCGGCUUCGUCGACCUCAUGUACGCCCGAGACCCCUUCGCGCUCUCGCUCGUUGCCCACUGGGCCAUCUGCCAUCGCCACUUGAACACAAUGUGGUGGGCCCGCGGGUGGCCGUCCGCGGCGGUCAGGACCAUGUACGAUGCCACCGACUACGAUCACAGAUAUCUCCUCGACUGGUGCAUGUCGAGGGUGGAAAUGGACGAGUCCUAUGCUGCGGUGCAGCCCUCGCCUUUUGCUUCGAGACCGGGUCCGUUCUCGCCCAGAGGCUUUUGA